AUGACAACAUUGAUUCCUCCUCAACAGGCCCCAUCCUGGGAUUUUACCCCUACUAAAAUCCUUGACUUGACGAACAAGACCAUUGACGAUUCUAAUGCUUUAUUCGCCAAGCUUGCCAAGAUAGAAACCCCUACCAUUGAGAAUUUUGUGAGGCCUUUGAUUGAGAGAGAAAAUGAAACUGACCCAUUGCUCAACCAACUUACGUUUUUGCUUAAUGUGUCCGCGGAUAAAGACGUGAGAGAUGCAUCAACAAAAUCCUCUGCUAUGUUACAGGAUUGGAGUAUCGAGACGCAAUUAAGACAUGAUUUAUUCAUUCAACUUGACAAGCUCUGGUCGAUCUACAAGGAUAAUGGGAAGUUUAAGAAGGAGAAUCUUGAGUUUUAUCGGUAUAUGGAAAAAGCCCAUAAAAAUUAUGUUCGUGCAGGUUUAAAUCUACCCGAAGAUAAGCGCGAAUUGGUUAAGACAUUGAAGCAAAAAAUAGCUGCCAAUUGCUUGCAGUACCUUUCGAAUUUGGGAGAACAGCAGGAAUAUGUCGCUUUUACUGAGGAGGAGCUUGAGGGCGUUUCUGACACCUUGAAAGAACAGUUUGAAAAGACUGUGGAAGACGGAGUGGAGAAACUGAAGGUUACUUUUAAGUAUCCAGACAUCUUCCCUGUCCUUGAAACAGCCAAAAACCCUGAGACCAGAAAGAGAGCCUUUGUUGGAGAUCAAAACAAAGUGCCCCAAAACGAGGCCCUCUUGCUUGAGACAUUGAAGUUGAGAGAUCAGCUUGCGUCUGUUCUAAAUUACGACACAUAUGCUGCUUAUAAUUUGGAAAAGAAAAUGGCCAAGAGGGUCGAUGCCGUCAUGGACUUUUUAGAGGACUUGAAGGUUCGCUUGGCCGAGGGUGGAAUGAAAGACAUGGAAUUGCUAAAGCAAUUGAAGAAAGCGGAGUAUGAGGAAAUGGGUCGUUCUUAUGAUGGUCACUUUUAUAAUUGGGAUAACCGUUACUAUACUAAUAAGUACAUGAAGGACCAUUACGGUAUAGACGAUGAGAAAGUGUCUGAGUAUUUCCCUAUACAAAGCGCAAUUGACGGGAUGUUGAAGAUUUAUGAAACUCUCAUGAGUUUAAAGUUUGUUGAAGAAAACGACCCAAAUAGAAGGAGUGUUUGGCAUCAGGAUGUUAAACAAUUUGCUGUUUGGAAUGUAGAUGUCAAGGAUAAGCCUACUUUUGUGGGCUGGAUAUACUUUGAUUUGCACCCAAGACCUGGUAAGUAUGGACACGCUGCAAAUUUCGGUCUUUCCUCCUCAUACUUGAGGCCUGAUGGCUCAAGAUCCUAUACGGUCACCGCUUUGGUUUGUAACUUCUCAAAGCCAACUCCUACUAAACCAUCCUUGUUGAAACACAAUGAACUCAUUACCUUCUUCCAUGAAUUAGGUCAUGGUAUCCACGAUCUUGUUGGUAAUUGUAGUGUGGGGUCUUUAAAUGGGCCUGGUGCUACAGAAUUUGACUUCGUUGAAGCUCCAUCUCAAAUGUUAGAGCACUGGCCAUGGAAUAAAGACAUGUUGCAGCAACUAUCACGUCACUAUAAAACUGACGAGAAGAUACCUGAUGAAUUGGUCAAGUCUUUAGUUGCAACAAGGAAUGUUUUCCGUCCUAUGAGAUAUCUAAGGCAAUUACAUUUUGGAUUCUUCGAUAUGACCGUACACACCACUAAAGACAUUGACCACUUAGAUCUUCGCACCUUAUGGAAUAAGCUCCGCGAAGAAAUUACUCAUGUUGACAAUGGUGGUGUUUUAACUACCGGUUACAAUUCUUUCUCGCAUAUAAUGAGCGAUGAAUAUUCUGCCGGUUAUUAUGGAUAUUUCUGGGCCAGUGUAUUUGCUGAUGAUAUGUACUACACGAGGUUUGCGGAUGAUCCAUUGGAUCCUGAAACAGGUCGGGAGUAUAGAGACAUCAUCUUGGCCAGAGGUGCCCUAUAUGAAAUUAGUGAUAAUUUACAUGAAUUCUUAGGCAGAGAAUCUAACAACACAGCCUUCUUGCAAGAUUGUGGCCUAGCUUAA